CACCCUAUUGUCAGAGAGUUAUUUACAGACCAGUCUUUGUUAAUUGUUCCAUAACAACGUGUGUAAAAAAAAUAAAAAUACGGAAAAAAUGUUGCUCAUAAGUUUGUUUGUAUUGUGUGCGUUUUUGAAUUGUGACGUUACUGGCCAGAUAUGUAGAAAAAGGACUGUAGUAACCAAGAUGGAAUACGAAGAGUAUAAAUAUACGUAUGUUGACCGAUACUCGAAGAAGAAUUGGUUUGGACGGGUGGUUUACAAAACAAGGAUAAAUUCCGGUGUAGGGACGAAGCCAGUUCAAAAGCAAGAGGUUGAGUUCGUGCCAUCAUGCUGCGAUGGGUACAUCAGGACCGACACCGGGUCAUUAGCCGACAUAGAAUGCACACCAAUAUGCUCUCCAGCUUGCGAGAACGGGAAAUGCAUAUCGCCAGGCGAGUGCGAGUGCAAUGAAGGAUACUUGCUGGAUGACGGUAGCCCGCACAAAUGUUCGCCUACUUGUGGAUACUGUGAGCAUGGCACCUGUGUAGCACCUGAUGUGUGCCGUUGUGACUACGGUUACUCUACACAAAACGGAACAUCAUGCCUACCAAUUUGCACCGAGCCCUGUGUCAACAGUGUUUGUGUCGCUCCAGAUACCUGUCAAUGUCACUCCGGCUACAGAAAAACUGACAGCAAUCUCUGCACCGCUUACUGCUCCCACGGCUGCCUUCACGGGACAUGCACCGAGCCCGAGACAUGCACUUGUAACGCAGGAUGGCAGAAGUCAGAAAUAGACGAAUGUGUACCAAAAUGUGACGUGAAAUGUGGAAAUGGUACGUGUACUGGACCUAAUCAUUGUACUUGUAACGAAGGAUACAAAGUUGAUGAAAAACAUGAUCCAAUAUGUGUGCCUCAUUGUGAUGUUGCAUGUGGAAAUGGUGCUUGCGUUGCUCCUAAUACUUGUAAAUGCUCUGUUGGAUAUGAAGUUGACAAUAUUAAAGACCCUAAAUGUGUGCCGCAGUGUGAUGUUGAUUGUGGUAAUGGGACUUGCAUAGCACCAAAUGAAUGUAAUUGUAAUACGGGAUAUAAAAUAAACAGAGGCAGUAAUCCCAUGUGUACACCACAAUGUGAAAUUGAUUGUGGGCAUGGAAUUUGCACAUCGCCUAAUCAAUGUCAAUGUAACGGAGGAUAUAAAGUUGAUAGAGAGAAUAAUCCAGUUUGUAUACCACAAUGCGAUGUUAAAUGUGGGAAUGGUACAUGUAUUGCACCUAACACAUGCGAGUGCAAAAUAGGAUAUAAAGAAGACAGAGAUAAAGAGCCAAUAUGUGUACCGCAUUGCAAAGUUGAAUGUCGUAAUGGGAUUUGCACAGCUCCAGAUCAUUGCGAAUGUAAUAACCUUUAUCAUCUUGACUCAGAUAAUACUUUUCCCAUGUGUGUACCAAAAUGUGACGUUGCUUGUGGCAAUGGAUCUUGUGUUGCACCUAAUACUUGUGUCUGUCAUGAAGGAUACCAAAUAAAUGAAGAAAAAAAUCCAGCUUGCGAACCACACUGUGAUAAUAAAUGUAGCAAUGGAACUUGCGUAGCACCUAACGAAUGUAAAUGUUUCCCAGGUUAUAAAUUAGAUAGAGAUGAUGAAUGUAAACUAGACUGUGAAUAUUGUGAAGGGCAUUGUUUUGACGUGGGGAAAUGUGAGUGCGAAGAGCCUUUUAAAGCAACCCGAGUUACUGCAAACGGUGAAGAAUGUAAAGGCAAUAUUGAGAAUUGCACGCGAAUAAUUUGUAAAAAAUAUGACAUUGAAACUACUGAAGGUAUAUCGUAUGGAUAUGAUGACAUUGAGACGAAAACUACUAUUGGGCUGAAAGCCAAGGCAAAUAAUUUUGACGGUUUUGCGUUUAACGGAUCGGUAUACGACUAUUACGACAGCAUACUUAACAAUUCAAUAGAACUAGAUAAUGAUGCCGAAAAUCAGAUACAGGGAAGCGAACAUUGGAUGCAGUCAAAAUGGAAGUACGCAGUCAUUUCCAUAGUUGUCAUUAUUUUGGCCAUCGUCCUCGGUUCGCUGAUCAUUUUCCGGACAAGUAUAAUAAAAUGUUGUACAGGAAGCGGCGAUUAUACUGUUGAAGAUGAAACAACUGACAAUGCAGACAAACAACAGAUGUCUGAAGGUAAUAUGCGGUUGUCUACAAUUUUGAAAAAGAGAGGGGAAGAUAAUAGUGUAAACGAAGUAUAAGUUAAAUAAAUAUUUUUAUAUAA